UGAAAGAGGCGGCGGCCAUCCCUGAAACAUCGGGGGUAGGCGAAGUGACACAGCAAUUCCCCCGAUGUAUUUUUAAUUCCUCAGUCUCUUCUGUGAGGAAUUGUCUAAUAUAAGUGCAGUCAUCAUGACAUCGGUUUGGAAGAGACUUCAGCGCGCUGGCAAAAGAGCGUCGAAGUUUCAGUUUGCCGCGUCCUUUCAAGAACUCACCGUAGAGUGCACUAAGAAAUGGCAGCCAGACAAACUGCGAGUGGUUUGGACCAGACGAAACAGACGCAUCUGCAGCAAGCUUCAUGGCUGGCAGCCAGGUAUCAAGAACCCAUACAGGGGGACUGUGGUUUGGCAGGUUCCUGAGAGCAUGGACAUCACUGUCACUCUUUUCAAGGAUCCAAAUGCAGAUGAAUUUGAGGACAAAGACUGGACCUUCAUCAUAGAAAAUGAAACAAAGGGCCACCGAAAAGCUUUAGCGUCAGUGGAUGUGAACAUGAAGAAAUACGCGAGCGCGACCCCGACCCAGUUUGACCUGGCACUUACACUAAAGCCUCUGUCUGUGAAAGUGUUGGAUGCCACACUUAAACUCACCUUGUCCUGUGUCUUCCUGAAGGAGGGCAAAGCUACUGAUGAAGACAUGCAAAGUCUGGCGAGUCUGAUGAGUUUGAAGCAGUCUGACAUUGGAAACCUGGAGGACUUCAAUGACAGCGAUGAAGAGGAGGACAAAAGAAUGUGUGCAGCAGUGAAAAUGGCCACAGCAGUAAUAGCUCCUCUUCCUCCAGCUAGGAGAAUACAUGACAAGGCUUGGAGACCUGCUGUAGACACAGGUCCCUCUGACACAGCUCAUUCUGAACCAGAGCGGAUGAGCUGUUCCUUCAUUACGCCUAAUGUUCCUCUCCAGUACCGCCCCCUGUCAUACAGCGCUCUUGACCCUUCUGCCCCACCCCUCUCCACUUCCUAUAUCCAACCCCCCCGUGCUGCCGGCAGUGUCCCGCAGACACGCCCCUCCCCGUACGCCUUCACUGUACCUGCAUUUACACGUGCGCAUCCACCUGCCCUGCCCAAAAUCUUCCAGCCGCCGACCGGCUCAGUUGCUGUAUCUGUCACUCAAAGGCCAUCUGGAGGUCUUGCUAGGUCUGAGUUAUUGGAGAGUAGUCGCUCUGCUGAGGGUGGUGCAGUUCCUCACCAGAGGCCUCUCUCUUUUCUUCCUGGGAUUAGCACACCCUUCUCUCUAUCCUCUGCUCAAUCCUCCUCGUCCCCUCAGCAGACUCCUCUACCUGAUAUAACCCAGAAAGCCAUCCAUUCUGCUGCUCGUAGCAGGACCUGGAGACCUCACAGUUUUCCCUCUUCACACUCCUCCCCUUGUGAUUUCGACCCCUACUCCUUUGAGUUUGGCUCCUCCCCUCAUGGUCCAAUGCCUGUACCUGCACCACGGCCCUCAAAAAUCUAUCGCGCCUCAUUGGCUGAGCCAGGCUCCGCCCUUACAAAACCUACGAGCAUGCCCUCUGCCACUGAGACAGCAUCUUGGCAAAAAGAGUGGAGGCCUCCCAAGCUGCACCCUACUCUGUGUCCUGCUCCCCUCACCUCUGCGGAGCAUAUUAACCAACAGCAUCAUCCAGCCUCAGUGACCUCCUCUCCUCCUGCACAAACCUCUCCUCUAAUGUAUGUCCCCCUUCCUGCAAUGUCUUCAUCCCGUGUGCUUCCUCAACCAAUGGACACCUCUACCAUUACUCUCAAUCCUGCUGUAACAUCUCCCAGUGUGGCUCCUUCCUCUGAGAUGCCCAGCGUUCAGUCAGUCUCUACUUCUUGCUCUCAAACCCUGUCAGCUGCCAUCCGUUCUCCUGCUGCAGCAUCACUGGUUUCUCCCUCCAUUGCUCCUGCUGCUUCAUUUAGUUCUCAGUCCAUCCCUUAUCCAUGUGUUUCUACUCUCCUGUCAUCUCCUCAUCUCACUGUUUCUGAUGCUCCUCUAAGUUCCAUUCCUGAUGUUAGUCCUGUGGUCAAUGCAUCUGUUGUUGCCGAGUCAGAGCCUCUCCCAGAGGUCCAGACGUAUGAAUGGAGACAUCAGGUUGUGCCCACAGUGGUUAGACCUAAUGUGCGCAGGCCAAUAGCCCCUCUUCCUGUAGAUGCCCCUACCUCUCCUUUCUCUUCCUCUCCUUUUAUUCUUUCUUCACCCUCUUCCAUGAUCCCUGACCCCCACAUUUAUACCCAAACUUCCACUGUAGCCCCUGUUAUUGCCUCCAUUUCAGUCCCUUCCACUGACUCACUCACAGAGCAACACAGACAGUUAAGUGUAUUAGCAGAGGAGGAAUGUCCUAAUACAGUGUCUUCUGCUGAUGAGGAUGCAGAUGUUAAGCCAACAGAUGUUCAUCAAACCUAUGAACCCCACCCUCGCAGAGCCGGAGUCAUCAGUAUAGCCAACCAAAGACCAAACAGCAGUAUGGACAAGCAACAGCCUGUUUUUGGACUUGAGGUUUUGCGGCCUGCAAAAGGACCAGAGAGUAUGACCUCUCUGCUGCCCAGUGACCAGAAGUCACCUUCUGUCACUGGUGUCACACAUUUUGAGGUGUCAAAAUCAGAGCUGUCUGAUACAGAUAGAGUACCCACCCACGCAGCCCUCGAAACUGUCGCAGAACCUGCUGCAGCCUCUACAUUCUCCGGCCCAUUAACUGAGGUCCAGAUCAAUCAAUCCGAGAAUUCACAGAGCUCUGCUGAGGUGGCCAUAUUACACUCAGCUGCACAUGAGCAGACAGAAGAUGAGAUGAUUCCUCAUAAAGACAAGGCAGAGCCCUUUCGAAGUAGCGUUCAACUAGCAGAAAUACAAGUGCAAAAGGCCAGCCCAAAAUCUGUUCCACAGCUGUUCUCAAAUACAGAAAUGUCCCAGUCAGAUCACACUGAUGAAGGCACCAAAAGCAUGGCCGCUUUGCUGCCCUCUUGCCCAAAAGAGUCCCAUUCUCCUUGGUCGUCAUCGAUAUUAGCUGACAACAUAACUGAGAAUCAAAUAGGAGACGUUUUUGUAGACCAACUACCUAGGAUGAACCAGGAAGUCUGUGCUCUCCCUGUUUGCAAGAAAGCACAUGAAGGAGAAGAACCCAAUGUUGACAGUUCUCCAUCUGUUCCCAACAUGAUAUAUCUUCUUCCAGCCUGUCCGAGAACUGCUUUUGCACCUGGGAUGCCAUCUAUUACCUUUCAAGACACAAAGUGGCCUUGGGACGAGUCUGUGAAGAUCCUGAAAGAGUACAUUCAAAAGGAGAAACCAGAAAGACUUAUUGAAGAUAUGGAUUGCUCAUUGUAUAACCAAAGCACAGUAGAAAAUAUGGUGUCCUUACAGUUAACUUGUCCAAGAACUGCCAGCAUCCCAGGAUUCCCAUCUUUGCCGUUCUGUAUGGUCAAUCUCCUUCCAUUAUGUCCAGAUGUCUCUGUAGUUCCAGGUUUACCUUCAAGAUCUCCAAUCAUUUGCACAGAUGAAACCUGGCCUAAAGAGAAUUUAAUAUUUUAUUUUAGGGAAAUCAAGCAACAGAUUUCGCCAAUGUCCUUAACAAAGGUGGAUUUUGAAACUGCAAGAAAGAUGGUUGCAUUGAAGUCAUCUUGCUCAGCAGCACCCAAGGCUCCAGGAUUUCCAUCUGCUCCAAAACCAGCUGCACCAAGUAUGGUCAGGAUUUCACCAUGUUGUCCAAAAGUUUCCUGCAUUGCUGGAUUUCCAUCUGCAAAAGUACUUGCCAGUCAAAAUGUCUUCCAACCGUGGCCAUCCAACAAUCAAUCAUCUGUGAUAAUAGCACAAAGGAACCAGUCCAGUUUGCCUCAAGUUGUAAAUAUAUUGAAAGAGGACCAGUUAACAGGGAUGGUGAGCUUGGUACCAUCUUGCCCGAGAAAAGCAAGGACUCCUGGAUUUCCUUCGUCACUGUGGCUCAUCCCUGAAACACAAAUAACGUCUGGUACUCUAUCAAUAUGCCCAUGGACAGCUAAAACGCCAGGCGUUCCCUCUUUAGUCCCAAGCGAAAUUGAUAAGGAUUUCAUAGAUAAUUGGCCCUUUAAGGAGAAAGCUUUUUGUAUGAGGUGUCCGCCAAUGUACACAUCUGACAAGUUAGACAUUGCUCAUCAGGACAAAGAGAGUUUUAAAGGAAUGUAUUCUAUUUUGCCAAGUUGUCCAGUGAAAGCAAGUGUUCCUGGCUUUCCAUCUGCACCAAAACCCAAAUUAAUGGUUUAUCUUUUCCAUUCUUGCCCAACAGUCUCAAAUGUACCUGGGAUGCUAUCAAGCAUAAUAUCUGAAGAGAAAUUACAGUGGCCUGUAAAUGAAAUGCCACUAUGGGUUAAACAAUUAAUCAGAAAGUGUCAGUCCAUACAUGCUGUUCCAACUAAGUACAGAGAAAUAAAGGAUAACGCCAUCAAGGAAAUGGUAGCUAUGCGCCCAACUUGUGCAAUCAGUGCUAAAUUGCCUGGCUUCCCAUCUGCUCCGAGAAAAAAAACUGAGAAGAAAGCACCAGAUAUGGUCUCCCUCAUGCCAUGUUGUCCACAUUUUACAAAGGUAUUAGGUAUGCCAUCUGUUGAGUUGGGAAAUGAAGCAUUAGAUUCAAGUGCAUGGCCUCUGGAUGCAAAGCAACUGUACAAGAGGACCUCAAAGGAUGAGUCCGACAUGGUGUGUUCUUCCUUAAUAAACUUGAAUCAAACAUAUGACGACCAUCUGAAUUUUCACAUAGAAGACAUCGCUAUGAUUAUGCCAGCCUGUGCAAAGCAGUCCAAUGUCCCUGGCUUUCCAUCCACAUAUUCAGAAUCUCCACAUAUUCUUUGUCAUGCAAAUAAUAGCCGGAAGUCACCAGAAGAUGUUGGCCGUAAAAAAGAAACUUCAGCUGUGCUUGGUUCAGCAGACACGGAGAUAGACCUGUCCAGUGCAAACAAUUCUGACAAUAGUUUUACAUUAGAGAAGACCAAGGACAAUGUGAACUUUUGGGCAAGAUGUGAGGAAGGAAAAAAGGGAAUUCUGGAGAGGGGGAAAAUGCAUUGCAGAAUGUGGCACUCCAUACCAGACAUGCCACUAUUACUGACUGUUGAGGAGAGAUGUCAAAGCAUAUGUGCUCAGAUUCCACCUUCUGAGAAUUACAGAGACCCUCUGAUUGAAAACGAUGACGUGGAUCAAGGUGUAUUAUGGGCAUCGCAAGACAGACCAGAACAGUUUGCUGAAGGUUUUAAGAAAGAAGAAGAGACUACAGAGGAUCCUAAUAGUCUGGUCCUUUUAACAGCUGAAGAUCGGCCUACAGGAGUGCAAAAAGAGUGUGUCCCAAACAUGGUAGAUCUUCUUCCAUCAUGUCCACCGUUCUCGAGAAUUUUUGGAUGUCCAUCAACAGCGCUGUCUAGCAUAUGCAAAACAGACAUUAUCAACUGGCCUACUGAUUUGAGUAUAAUUUGGGAUGAGCCACAUAAAUCAACAAAAAAUAUUUUGUUAAUGCCAGACUUGGAAAAAUCCCCCUAUGAGGCAAAUAUGGUGUCCCUGUCUUGCACAUGUCCAAAUAAAACAAGAAUUCCCGGCUUUCCAUCUGCUAAGAGACCCACAGAGGCCCCAUGUAUGUCUUUUCCAGAAGCAUCCAUUGUUGUUGACACUUCUUCACAGACCCCAAUUCCAGAGGAAAAGCAUCAUGAGGAGUGGCUGAGCAUGGAAACAUCAUUAUUCGAAGAACAUCCUAAAACAAAGCCAAUUUUACACAUUGAAAGCCCAAUUGAGUAUUCAGAGAUGCCUGUAAUGAUGGUGGCCACAGUUCCAUCUUCAAAACUUGUUCCUGAUUUCACAUCUGCACCAAAGAGUGAAGAAAUACUUAUUCAAUCAUGUGAAAAAUUAAGUCUUCAAGAGUCUACAUUUGCUGAGUCAGAACUGAGGGAUGAUUCCAAGCCUGCAGUUCCAUCUUCAAAACUUGUUCCUGAUUUCACAUCUGCACCAAAGAGUGAAGAAAUACUUAUUCAAUCAUGUGAAAAAUUAAGUCUUCAAGAGUCUACAUUUGCUGAGUCAGAACUGAGGGAUGAUUCCAAGCCUGCAAAUGAGAUGUUGACCUUUGUAUCUGAAAAUGCUGCACAAAUGCCAGAUUCUAUCCCUGAACCCCAAGCAGAGCCAAAUAUGUUGGAGCUCCUUCCAUCCUGUCCAGUGCUUUCUAGAAUCCCUGGAUGUCCUUCUCUAAGGGUCUAUGAAGGCAUGGAGUGCACUGGUGAUCAAACAAUAAUCUUUUGCAAUUUAUUGAAAGAUAGACAGACUGGUAUUUUUGACCCCAUUAAAGAUGAAAAAGACUCCCAGAUUAUAGCUCUGGCACCAACAUGCCCGAAAGCAUCAUGUAUUCCAGGCUUUCCAUCUAGACCACAUCGUAAAUCACAGAUGGAACCAAACAUGCAAAACAUUUGUCUCUCUUGCCCAAAGAUUUCAUAUAUAGGUGGUUGUCCGAGCAUCCAGACCCCUAAGAUGUCCAAUUGGCCUUUGAGUACAGUCAUUUUGUGGUCAAAUCCAUUAAAGAAACCCCCUGUUGUUUUGGACAUGGACAAGAUAUGCAAAGAAAACAGUCAUAGAAUGUUUGCUUUGGCACCUACAUGUCCAUCAGUGGUCUGUGUUCCAGGUUUUCCAGCUGUGCCCGAAUCAAUAAUGUUACGCAUGCUUCCCACUUGCCCGGAGAAGUCUAAUGUUAUAGGAUUUUCUUCUAAAAGAGAUCAUUUAGAUUGGUCUGUUGAAAAGGAAACAUUGUGCAAUGUAUCUUUUAAAAAGCAACCUGUUGUUCUUAUUGACAGAGUAGAUUGGCUCAGUGAAUUAACUAAAAUGAUGUUUGCAUUGGCUCCAACCUGUCCACCAAUGGCAAGAAUACCAGGAUUCCCAUAUGCACCUAAGCGCAAAGCUACACUUCCUCUCAGUAUGGUUGAUCUUCAUCAGUGCAUUCUAAAGACUUCAAGAAUCAUGGGAUUCUCAUCAAGUGACAGAAUAAACACAGGAACAAGGUUUGAAGAUGAAACGCCCCUGUUGGAGAAGCCGCUGAGACCAAGAUCAGAGCUGCUUGUCCAGUUUAAUUUCGCAACUCCGUAUGAAGAAAUAGACAAAUAUAUUUUGCAGAGGAUGUUUGCACUAGUACCCACAUGCCCAAGAGAAGCUUGCAUACCUGGUUUCCCCUCUCUACCUCAGGUUAAAGUGGAGGGUUUCUAUCUCCAUAAAGAACCAGAUGUAGUCAGCAUUUUGCACUCUUGUCCAAUGGUUUCUUUUAUUGUAGGUGUUCCUACAGUAAAAUCUGUGCCCAUAAAAGAGUCUCAAGAAAGCAUAUGGUCCACUCAGAAGCCCAUAUGGGUUAAACCUCUUAAAGAAAGACUGGUUUUGUCUUUAAGUUAUACAAAGGAUAAUGAAGAAUAUUCAAAAACCAUGUUCUUGCUUGCUCCUACCUGCCCUAAUAAUGCCAGCAAUUAUGGGUUUCCAUGCUCAGUAAGACUUAAAGAAGAGUGUACAAAAACAACCGUCUUCCCAGCUUCUCCAAAGGCUCCAUUCUCUGCAACCGAUGAAACAGAUCUCAGUAACCUGUUCACUGAAGUGCCAUGUUCCCCAGUUGAAACAAGGCUUCCUGAUUUCCCAGAUACAUAUGCAAUUUCUCCAUCAAGUCCAACCCAAGAACACACCGAAUUUGAAGCCACAUUUACCCAAUACAUAGAAUCAGAAAGAAAUCAAACACUGGAUAUAACAGGGACUGAUAAUUCUAAAGAAAUAGGAAGUUUUCAUGAGAUUCCCUUGGCUGAAGGUAUUGAAAACCAUGAGGAGGAAGAGCAACAUGUCGGGGAGCAGUCUGCAAGUAAAAGUAAUGAUACUGCAGAGUCUGGAGAGACUGCUAUAGCGUUAGGAUGGGAAGUUUUGGAGGCAGAUGAUACUUCCACUGAAAAAGAAGGAUCUUCUGGUCUUGUUAAGACUAUAGUUGAUGUUUUUCACAGAGGUUAUGAGACCGUUGCAGCAAUAUUGCAGCCCUCCAUCUCUGAAUCGGUCAUGGACACGCACACUUUAGAUCCUCUCGACAGUCUUUCAUCCUCUGUGGAUCUCGAGGACAGCAGCACUCGCAUGGCCACUGGAUGCGAUCAUUCAUUGGACGCACUCGCAGAGGCAGCGGAGUCUGAGGUGUUUGAUUCUGCUGAAUCCUACAUGUGGCGUUUGGUUAGUGGUUGUUCAGAAACAUCGCUGUCAUCAAAAGAGACUGAAAGCUGGUUUGUUGAAGAUGAAGAAUUCUGCCUAAUGAGGAAGUGGCCCCCUUUAACGGACGCUGACCUUCAUGAGAUAACUAAAGAGGAGGAGGACAAAACAGAUGUUGACUCUUUGAUACAGGAGUGUACAACUUCUGUUCAAGAGGAAGCUGGUAAUGAGAUUGUGACAGAAUGUAAAAUGUUGAAGGAUGAGCUGUCAGCAACAAAAUUUCCAGAGGACGGGCCACAACAUCAUUUUGUCCAAGAAGUCUCUCUUUUCAUCCAACGGACUAAGGACGAAUUGCUGGAUGAAGAGAAACCACCUAUGUCCUUACUGUCUUCAAAAAAUUCUCAUAACCCAAGAACUGUCACAGAACAGACCAUUUCAUGUUCAAAAGAACUUGUGCCACCUAGAAGGACUAAGAAGCAAGACAUUCUUCAAGAGACAAUUACGUUAUCAACAUCAAUUUCCAAUCCAGCUGAGCCAACUGUGCAGAGCGACAACUUCUGUGUCAUAAAACAAACUGAUAAUUAUUCUCAGAAUACAUCACAUAAUGUACAGCCAGGUAGAGCACUCACUUCAGCUGCGACAGAUAAUGGUACAUCUUUAGAAACAGAUCGCUUGAUGAAUAUACCUGUCCCACUAACAAGUGCUUCUUUUCCUGAAAAUGUGGUAAAAUUAUCCAAAAUUGAGAUUUGUUCACCAGAACCCAAAGAGAACCCAACACCCAAAGAAAUGAUAGCAUCAUGUCAGAGCAACAAUGGAGAAAAUGUUCCCCUAAUGCCUCAAAAUGACACAGUCAAACAAUUACGUGCUCCUCAGAGGCGGAAGAGUAAAGCUCAAACCAGCAAAGGUGAUGAAGCCAGUGGGGAGUUUGAAGAAAAGAGCACGCUGUCUACUGUCAUCACCAAUAUGUCUCAGUCUGAAGACACAAGAAAGACUCAAGCUGGUGAUCAAUUGAAUGUGAAAGAUCAGGUACAACUGGAUUUGAAUGUUCCUGAGGUGUUGGAAGUGAAAAUGCAAAUCAAAUGCACUGAUCUUCCAGUUCCAAUGCCACGUGUGAAGAAACGUCUCAGUGGAUCUUUUACAGAUUAUAUUCCUUCUCCUUCAUCCACCCCUCUAUCUGAAGCAGAUCCCGAUAACAUUGUUCUUCAAACAGAAGACCAUCAAGAUUCAAGUCUGCCAGUCCCAAUGCCACGUUCAAAAAAACGUCUCAGUGGUUCUUUUCCAGAUGAUCUUCCAGCUCCUUCAUCAACCCCUCCAUCUCAAGCAGAUUCAGACAACAUUUUUCUCCAAACAGAAGACCAUCAAGAUUCAAGUCUUCCAGUCCCUGUGCCACGUGUGAGGAAACGUCUCAGUGGAUCUUUUACAGAUGAUCUUCCAACCCCUUCAGCCACUCUUCCAUCUCAAGCAGAUUCAGACAACAUUUUUCUCCAAACAGAAGACCAUCAAGAUUCAAGUAUUCCAGUCCCUGUGCCACGUACGAAGAAACGUCUCAGUGGUUCUUUUGCAGAUGAUCUUCCAACCCCUUCAUCCACUCUUCCAUCUCAAGCAGUUUCAGACAACAUUUUUAAGAAAACAGACGACCAUCAAGAUUCAAGUCUGCCAGUCCCAAUGCCACGUUCAAAAAAACGUCUCAGUGGUUCUUUUCCAGAUGAUCUUCCAGCUCCUUCAUCCAGCCCUUCCUCUCAAGCAGAUUCAGACAUUUUUCUCCAAACAGAAGACCAUCAAGAUUCAAGUCUUCCAGUCCCUGUGCCACGUAUGAAGAAACAUCUCAGUGGUUCUUUUCCAGAUGAUCUUCCAACCCCUUCAUCCACUCUUCCAUCUCAAGCAGGUUCAGAUAACAUUUUUAACAAAACAGAAGACCAUCAAAAUUCAAGUAUUCCAGUUCCUGUGCCACGUGUGGAGAAACGUCUCAGUGGUUCUUUUCCAGAUUUUCUUCUAGCUCCUUCAUCAACUCCUCCAUCUCAAGCAGGUUCAGACAACAUUGUUCUCCAAAAAGAAGACCAUCAAGAUUCAAGUCUGCCAGUGCCAAUGCCACGUGUAAAGAAACGUCUCAGUGGUUCUUUUCCAGAUGAUCUCACUGUUCCCUCAAGUUGUCCACCACCUCCUGUAGAUUUACUUGACAUAGGAGUCCUUGAGGGAGGACCAAGUGAAACAAGCAUGACCGUCCCGAUUCCCCGUUCAGAGAAACUCAGUGACAAGUUCACUGAUGAGAACCUUCCAAGCUUACCUCAAGAUUCUUACUCUGCAGUCUCAGAAGAAGGCAAGCUUCCUAUCUCAGAAAAUGAACAAUGUUCUGUUGAAGUGGCUACACAGGUGAGGACAGAAGCAGGGAUAGAGAGUCUUGAGGAUUCCACCACCUCAAGUGCCAAUGAAGUAGAGCUAAACAGAAAAAGCCUGGAUGAGUCUUGUUUAGAACCUGUUGAGCAGAUAGAAACUGAUGUGACAGAUAUCAGUGAAAAACCCAAGACUGGUGCUCCACUUGGUGAGCAUUGUGAGGACAAAGGGGGAACAGAGCAACAAACUGAAAAAUAUCCAAGUGUUGAGGAAGACAUGAAUGCUGUGCAUUCUGGAGAUGCUGAGGUUGUAGAUGGCACAGGUGUUAUCUUAGAUGUGUGUAGACAAGCAGCAGCUGAAGAUUCCUCCAGUCUUCCUGUGCCAAUGCCUCGCGUGAAGAAACGUUUAAGUGCCUCUUUCCCAGAAGACGUCUCCAUUCCCAGUUCCUCAUCAGCCAGUCAAAGUGAGGUUUCAGAAAAGCCCAAUAAUGAGCCCACAGUGCCUGUUUGUAAUAAACGAAGAGCUGCAGCAGAUGCCAUAGACCUUCAGGGAAGUUCCACAGCUCACACAUCACCAACCAGUGAAACAGAGAUUGCGACCUUGGUGAAUUCAAGUCAGUCUCUGUUGGAAUGGUGCCAAAAGGUCACACAAGGUUGCAAAGGCGUCCGGAUAUCAAACUUCAGCACCUCAUGGAGAAACGGCCUCGCUUUCUGUGCCAUCCUGCAUCACUUCCAUCCAGAUAAAGUGAAUUAUGAAAUGCUGGAUCCAUAUGACAUUAAACGCAACAACAAGAAGGCGUUUGAUGGCUUUGCUGAACUGGGCAUCUCUAGGUUGAUAGAGCCCUCUGACAUGGUGCUGCUGGCAGUGCCUGACAGGCUCAUCGUGAUGACGUAUCUCAACCAGAUCCGUACCUAUUUCACGGGCCAGGAGCUCAGUGUCAUACAGAUCGAGAAGAACAGCAGCGAGUCCAGUUACGCUGUUGGUGAGAAGAGGGAGGAAGCCGACCCUGAAGCCGCUGUUCGCUACUGUGCCGAAAGGCUCCAGAGCAGCGGCAUCACUCUAGAGACCAAUGGAAGCUUCCCUGAAAAGGAAGUCAAGGGAGGUGCUGGUGUUUUGGUGCCACCUCCAAGAACAAAGCGAGUGCAGGGCCCAAGUCAGGCUGGAGGAUCAGGGGCCACUCAGCCUCCAGUGGCACCACCCAGAAAGGCUUUUUCUCAUCUCAAGGAUGCAGAUCUUGUUAAAAACCGCAGAUCGAAGCUGCGGGGAGAGUCACUGGAUGAGCCUGAACCACACGAACAGCAGAGUGGUACAGAGGCUGCAUCAGUCCAAGCAGAAAGUGAAGCAGCCAAAGGAGGCUCAGAGUCACAAAAUGUAGAGAAUGUUGAAGAGGCCACUGCAGGAGGGAAUCAGGAUGGCAGCCAAUAUGUACAUAGUGAGAUGCAGGCGCUGGAGGCUGAACAGAAGCAGAUAGAUCGCAGAGCAGACAUUGUGGAGAGGAAACUGAGAAGACUUUUGGAAUCUGGUAGUGAUCGUGUAGAAGAAGAGACACUGAUUCAGGAGUGGUUUACCCUGGUCAACAAGAAGAAUGCUUUGAUCAGGAGACAAGACCAUCUGCAGUCACUACAAGAAGAGCAAGAUUUGGAGAAGAGGUUUGAGCUGCUAAAGAAAGAGCUUCAAGAUUUAAUGGCUGUGGAAGAAUGGAAGAAAACCCAGGCCCAUAAAACCAGAGAGCAGCUGUUGUUGCAGGAGCUGGUGUCUUUAGUCAACCAGAGAGACGAGCUUGUGCAUGAUAUAGACGCCAAAGAGAAAGGGGCUCUUGAAGAGGAUGAGAGGUUGGAGAGAGGACUAGAAAUGAGGCGCAGAAAAUAUGGAAGUCGGAAAGAGAAGUGUGUGUUACAGUGAGGGAUCCUGUGCACCUGCUUUUAUACAGGACCGUCCCCCGUUAAACACUGUGCUGAUGGACUAGUGAGGUGUGUGUGUGGACCAUAUCACAACAAAUGACGAGGAGAUUGUGACUAGAUGAAUUCUCAGUCCUCAUGUUAAAAAGUUUGAGCAGCAUGAAUGCUCAUUUCAGGGUGGAUUAAAAGUGGUCUUCUUUUAGAGACAUUUUUAGUUUCAGAACAUUUGUCUGAAAAAGUGAAAUAGACAGUUGUAAUGGUCAGUUCUUGUUUUACAUUUUCAGUAAAAAUAAUAUACAUGUGGCCUUUGCAGUGUUAUUACCUAAUUUACCUUGUUUGUACAAGUUCAAGAUUAUGUUCUGUUAUGCAACCUAACAAGCAGACAAAACAGCACAAAAGCAUGGGAGAAAAUUAACAUUUUGCACAAAAUUUCUCCAUUAAGGCACCCUUUUAGUUAUGGAUAUCAUUUGCACAAUAUGAUCCCAAUGAUGCUUCUCCAAGUACUGUUACAGUGGUUGCCUGUUCUGUUUGAAGAGCCCUGGUUUAAUGGCCAUGCUCACACAGCAGCAGAAUAGUUGUCAGUCAUGUAUUUGAGUCCUUAAUACGGUUACGUUCACGCACAGUGCGGUUAUUUAGAGUGUUCUGUGCGUGACUAAAAUGCUCCGCUCUCCACCCAAAUAUAAAAGCUGCUGUCAGUUAAUGAUGAUUUGAUGAAUGAACUUGUGGCUCGAUUGAACUCUUGUCGUGUCAGAAAGUGAUAACACUUUCAGUUUUAUGGACGUCGCCAUUUUUGAU